CCAGUGACCUGGAUUGAGUUUGACUGGAGGAAGUGAGGCUGACGUAUCUGGAGCGCACACGCCAUUCCACGGCUAUUACCAGAGAAAGAGAGAGAGAGACAACAACCUUCCCUCCCUUCUACUCGCUCUCUCACUCACACGCGCUUCUCCUGAGGAAGCAGUAUGAAAGCCGACACAGUAUGGGCUGAGGACCAUAGUGAGGACACCCACCGCUGAAAGACACAGGGACAGAGGCAAAACGGACAGAAAGAGUGCAAGAAACAUCAGCAAAGAAGGUGUGAACACAUUCAAAAGAGGAACAAGGAGAGACAGGCUGGAAAAUAGGUAGGAGGGAGCCGUGGAGACGGAUCGAGAGAGAGGAACAGCCCGUCUGUCUGUGGCGGGACAGCAGACGCUGAACGCACGCGGACCAGACACUCACACGCACACCAUGGUGGUCCAGGCGGCCGUAACGCCCAGUAGGACCCGCAGGCUUCUCCUUAAGCUGCCGGUGGGGACGCUGAGGCGAAAUAGCGAGGAGAGGAUGACGGAAGGGCGGAGAUGUCAGGUCCAUCUCCUGGAUGACAGGAAAUUGGAGCUCCUGGUACAGCCCAAGCUAAUGGCAAAGGAUCUUCUAGACCUGGUGGCGUCCCAUUUCAACCUGAAGGAGAAGGAAUAUUUUGGAAUUUCUUAUGUAGAUGAGACGGGUCAUUUCAGCUGGUUGCAGUUAGAUCGUCGUGUUCUGGAACACGAGUUUCCUAAGAAAUCUGGACCCAUUGUGCUUUACUUCUGCGUUAGGUUCUACAUAGAAAGUAUCUCUUACCUUAAGGACAAUGCCACAAUAGAGUUGUUCUUCCUCAAUGCAAAGUCCUGCAUCUGUAAGGAGCUCAUAGAGGUGGACAGCGAGGUGGUGUUUGAACUGGCCUCUUAUAUCUUACAGGAAGCUAAAGGAGACUUCACGAGUAAUGAUGCUACUAGGGCUGAUCUGAAGAAACUGCCAGCACUGCCUACACAAGCACUGAAGGAGCACCCUUCACUCGCAUACUGUGAGGACCGGGUCAUUGAGCACUAUAAGAAGCUAAAUGGACAGUCCAGAGGCCAGGCUAUCGUCAAUUAUAUGAGUAUAGUGGAGUCGUUACCCACAUAUGGAGUGCAUUAUUACGCUGUUAAGGAUAAGCAGAGUAUCCCGUGGUGGCUGGGUUUGAGUUAUAAAGGCAUUUUUCAAUAUGACUACCAGGACAAAGUCAAACCAAGAAAGGUGUUCCAAUGGAGACAGUUGGAGAACCUGUACUUCAGGGAGAAGAAGUUCUCAGUGGAAGUCCAUGACCCGAGAAGGGCGUCGGUAACGCGGAGGACGUUUGGUCACAGUGGCAUCGCCGUGCACACCUGGUACGCCUGUCCCACCCUCAUCAAAUCCAUCUGGGCCAUGGCCAUUAGCCAGCACCAGUUCUACCUGGACCGCAAACAGAGCAAAAGUAAGAUCCAUGCAGCACGCAGUCUGAAUGAGAUAGCCAUAGACCUGACAGAAACAGGAACCCUCAAGACCUCCAAACUGGCCAACAUGGGCAGCAAAGGCAAAAUCAUCAGCGGCAGCAGUGGAAGCCUGUUGUCCUCAGGCUCUCAAGAGUCGGACAGCUCCCAGACCGCUAAGAAGGACAUGUUGGCGGCUCUGAGGGCCAGACAGGAAGCUCUGGAGGAGACGCUGAAAAAGAGAAUAGAGGAACUCAAGAGCAUCUGCAUCAGAGAAGCAGAGCUGACAGGAAAACUUCCGAAAGAGUACCCUCUCGAUCCCGGGGAGGAGCCGCCCACCAUCAGACGCAAAAUCGGCACCGCCUUCAAACUGGACGAGCAGAAGAUCCUGCCCAGAGGAGAGGAAGAGGAAUUGGAGCGUUUGGAAAGGGAAUUUGCCAUCCAGUCUCAGAUAACAGAGGCAGCGCGGCGGUUAGCAUCUGAUCCUCAUAUCAGCAGCAAAAAGCUGAAGAAACAGAGGAAGACAUCGUAUCUGAAUGCUCUGAAGAAGCUGCAAGACAUCGAGAACGGCAUCAACGAGCACCGCGUUCGCUCUGGGAAGAAACCUACACAGCGUGCCUCUCUAAUCAUAGAGGGUGAGGAAUUCUGUUUGUUGUGUUUGUUGAGACGUUUUUGCAGCGCUCCUGUGAGUUCAUUAAGUGUUUCCUCUGUAAAGUCUUUCAUGCUGAGAGCAAGAGUAAUCGCACCUCCCCAUAGACCUAUAAAACUGUGAACGCAUGUGUCUGUGUGUGACCUCUGCUGUGAAAAUUCAUUUAACGCACUCGUGUUCACGCUCAGGUUGCAUUCCUCACACUCUAGUAGUCACAGGCGGUUCCCCAGCACUGGCUGCUGUGAGGUGGGAGGUAGCAACUCUCUCCAGAACAGCCCUGUGCGCUCCCUCCCUCACUGGAACAGCCAGUCCAGCAUGCCCUCUACCCCUGACCUGAGAACACGGAGCUACGUCCACUCGGCCAGUCUAACUCAGCCAUUCCGUGGCCGGAGUUCCAGUUUGGAGUCUCAGGGGAAGCUGCUAUCCUUGGAGGCGGACACAGAGGCGGGACUUAGCCCUGACCUGUUUCUGUCAGGACCACGGAGGACAGGAAGCAAUGGCUCUGUUGUCCCCGACGACUGCUCAUCUUGCACCAGCCAAUCCAGUUCAGAACAUUACUACCCCUCAUCCACCUCCAACCCUAACUACUGUACGCUGGCCGAGGACUCGCCCUCCAAAGCCCGACAACGGCAGCGGCAGCGUCACAAGUCUGCCGGACACCUGGGUGCAUCCAGUUCUGGCAGUAUGCCCAACCUAGCGGCCCGCAACGGGAGCACCCACGGAGGGGUGUGCGGAAGCCAUCAGGGCGUGUACCUCCACAGCCAGAGCCAACCCUCCUCACAGUAUCGCAUCAAAGAGUACCCACUAUACACAGAGGGCAGUAGCCCCAACGCCGUGGUUGUCCGCAGCCUGGAGAAUGACCAGGAGGGGCACUACAGUGUCAAGGCACAGUUCAAGACCUCCAACUCAUACACAGCUGGGGGGCUUUAUAAGGAGGGGUGGGGCUCCGGGGAGGACGGGGAAGUGGGUGGUGGCAGCGGGAGGUUGACGCCCUCACGCUCACAGAUUGUGAGGACUCCAUCUCUAGGCAGGGAGGGAGGAGGAGGGGGACGGGCAGCGGUGUCAGAGGAGCUGCGGUGCUGGUACCAGCGCUCGUCUGGAUCGCUGAAGGAGUAA